GAGCCACCCCCUCAGCUCCCCCUAUCCUUUCUCAUAAUCAACAGGAAAGACGCAGCCAGAGCUCUGAAAGAGCUGGGAGGGAAGAGACAAAGAGAAAAACACCACAGAAGAUCACAGAACAAACACACUAGAUAUCCAACAAUCUUCCCUCAGAGGACAAAAUGGACAAGCAAAAACUGAGAGCUGAAAUCAGUCCUCGGGUGUCCAAGAGCUCUGCGCAGCGCCUAAGCAGGGAUCUCACCUGCUCCAUCUGCCUGGACCUGUUCAAGCACCCGGUUUCCUUGCCCUGCGACCACACUUUCUGCAAGGCCUGCAUUACGAGUUACUGGAGCGGUACUCGUGGAAAAGGCCAGGGUGGAUCUGGUUCCUGUCCUCAGUGCCGGAAAGUUUUCCCAGGCCAGUGCUACAGACCCAACCGCAUUGUGGCCAACAUCGUGGAGAGCUACUGCCAAGGGAUCGAGGAGAGUGGGGAUCAGCUGACCCAGUUAUCAGCAGACACAGUUCCUCCGACCCCACUUUGCAGCCGACACAGAGAAGAGCUGAAGCUGUAUUGUGAGGAAGACCAGGAGCUGGUGUGUCUGGUGUGUGGGAUCUCUCAGGAUCACCGGGCUCACACGCUGGUGUGUCUGCAAGAUGCAGAGCAGAGAUAUAGGGCUUCUCUGACGACUUCAGCAAAUGCUCUUCAAAAAGAGCUCAACACUGCUCUAGAAUGUGAGAGAGAGACUGAAGAGGAGGUGAAGAAACUGAAGGACCACACUGCAGAUCUGAAGCAGAGGAUAGAGGCACAGUUCAGCGAGCUUCAUCAGUUCCUGUACCAGGAAGAGAAACUCCUGCAGGUCAAGCUGAAGACAGAGGAACGGCGAGAGCUGAUAAGGCUGGAUGAGCACAAGGCCCUACUCAGUGUAGAGAUAUCCCGCCUGCGCAGAGCUAUGAACGACAUCGAGGAAAAACUCAGUGAAAAGGAUCCUCACACACUACUCAGGAGUAUAAAGGGCCUGCUUCAAAGUAGGCAGCCACCGAAGUUUGAGAAGCCAGCACUGACGCCGCCCAGACUGUGUGAGGGCCGCUUCGCUGGGCCCCUGCAGUACAGAGUGUGGAAGUCACUGAAGGGAAGCAUCUAUCCAGUUCCCUCAGCCAUCACAUUUAACUCCAAAACAGCCAACCCCUGGCUCAGUCUUACAUCUUCGCUUACCUGUGUGCGCUACCAGACCUUCAACAAUGCGAUUCAGGACAAUCCACAGCGAUUCAACGCCGCGCUGUCUCUCUUGGGCAGUCAAGGGUUCACUAAAGGCCGCCACUACUGGGAGGUGGAGGUGUACAGCAGCACCGUGUGGACCGUGGGAGCCGCUCGUGAAUCCGUCACGAGAAAAGGUGUCAUCAAUACCAUGCCUGCCAAUGGCUUCUGGACACUCUCACUAUCAUAUGGAGUUCAGUAUAUGGCCGGGACAUCUCCGCCAACAUUGCUGGCUUUGGAAGAGCCACUGGCAAGGAUCGGCGUGUAUCUGGACUACAAAAGAGGCCUGGUGUCCUUCUACAAUGCAGAGAGCAUGACGCACCUCUACACCUUCAAGGACACCUUCACUGAGACCCUCUACCCUUAUUUUAACCUCGGCUUCUUGGAUAAAGUGCAUGAAAAUGAGCCUCUUAAAGUGUUCCUACCUAAAAUCUGAAUUUUUAUUAAUUACUUUCCUAAUAUUAAUAUUUCUUUUUUAUAUAAACACUAGGCUGGACCUGGAUAUUUUAAGUUAAGCCUCUUUAGAAAUCUGUUUAAAGGUAAAGCAAUUUAUGAGACUUGCAAAAAAUAAAAUAAUAAAAAAUAAAUAAGUAAAUAAAUAACGUCUUAACAUUCUAGUGGGUUAGUGGAGGCGCAUGGAAAAUGAAACCAAGCCAUAAAAACGGUUGGAAACCAUGGCUUAUGAUCCUUUCCCACUUUAAAGUUAACAAACAUAAGUCCUGGCAGAUAUCACAUAUUCUACAUGUUUUUGUGAUAUUCCUAGGUUUUAUAAACAAAUGGGUGAAAAUUAGGCUGGUCAGCAUGGUCGUAACUACACCUUUGUAAAAGCAAAAAGCAUAUAUAUAUAUAUAUAUAUAUAUAUAUAUAUAUAUAUAUAUAUACAUAUUAAGUGUCAGCCAUUCAAAAUUGGCUGUGUAUUUUAAGCUACAUAUCAUCAAAAGUAUUUCAGUAUAUUACAGUAUUAUGAGGAAGUAUUAUAUGUUUAACCAAUGAGUGAUUAUUUUUAGAGGAUCUUAAAAGCAUUUAAAUAUACUUAUCUUUUCCUCUAUCUGCUGCCUUUGACAUCACAGCUCAAGUGUUUUGAGGUGCUUAUGCAUGUUCUUGUGCCAUCAGCCAAUCAACAGAGUUAUUAGUGAGCAAAGAUGGACACAAGCAUACUUCCACUGCCACUGAGAUGAAUGGGAAUGCUAAUAUAUAUGUACACUACAGACCUCACUGCUGUAAACAGCAAAAUAAAAUUCAGGUUAAUUCAAGUUAAUGGCAUAUUACACUUGCAGCAGCUUAAAAAAGCUUGGGCUUCUGUGCAGAAAAGAAAAACGCGGUUCUCAUUCCAGUCUAAAAUAUAAAAGCCUAAUGAUUUUAUAUCAUUUUUGAUACAAACAUGUAUACAAUGAAAGAAAUUAUUAAAACACCACCAACUAAA